UGGACGACCAGGUGCCUUAUGGGAAUAUCUCAAGCAGCACCUGAAUGGAACAGCCCUCCACAAGUGGAAUACGUCAGGCAGAAAAAUACAAGAGAAGAUGAAGAAAUUAGAAAAGAAUGUACUACGGCACUGACAAAAUAGGAUUUGUAUUUGUACAUACUGGACUUGGUGAUCAACUGAAAAGCUACUUUUUAAUAUAUCAUGUCACGAAGUUGAUUUCGACAUUAUGAGAAGCUCUCCUCAAUACCAGCAAUUGGCAGUCAAAAGCCCUGGAGAUAGUAUAUGCUUGGCCAUGAUGGCUGGUAGCCACUGGCAGCCUUCUCCUCUAUGAGAUGUGUGGUCUUACGCAGUUGAACUUUUUGUGCCCUUGCCAAAACCUCUGUGCCGAUGCCUUUUUUGCAGGAAAUAUGCGGCAGUUAAUAAUUUAACCAGUGGAAGGUCCCACUUGCCACAAAAAGGAAAGGCCAACCCCAGUUGUGUUGCUUCUCUUUGCUUCCUGUUAGAGUAACAUACCCAAACCAAAAUGACCUUAAAAAAUAUAUGAGUAAAUGUGCCCAUAAACUCCCAGCCCCGCCGAUUUAAAUUUAGCUUUUCUCUAUUAAAUUCUGGGCCCUCCCACCCAUUUCCAGCUAAACCAAUUAAGGUUGAAACCCAGUGCUAAUUGGCACAUGUAUAUUUUUCCUGCUAAAUGAAAAUAAGAAAUAGCAUGCUAAUUGAUUCCUUUGUCCAACAACGUGUAUCUCUUAACGGAAAACAAAAUGCAACAGUGUGAGCUGCAUCAGACAUUUCUGGAGCACUCCUGGGCUGCAGAGUACAGUGGCCUGGGAUGACUUAGCCAUUCCCUAUCAAAGAGCACUGCAGGGCAGGGCAAGUGAGAGGGACUUGUAGUCCUCCAGAUGUUAUUGGACUACAGUUCCCAUUGCUCCUGCCAAUCACCCAUGCUGGCUGCAGCGAUGGAGUCCAAAAACAUCUGGAGGGCCAUAGUUUCUUCUUCCUUGCUUUAGGGCUUGGGGGUGGGACCCCCAGGGUGCGUUGCAGGCUAUGUUCUCAAUAUAAUAACAGUUACCGUGGCCCGAGCAAUGCAUCCUACUGGUUUCGUAGUUCUGUUAUUAAUGGAGAUGGUUUGCACCCAUGACUGAAAGAUGAAGAAGAAGAAGAAGAGGAGGAGGAGGAGGAGGAGGAGGACGACAACAACAACAACAACAACAACAGCAACAACAACAACAAACUGGGAUUUUAUACUGCUCUUUCCUUCUUUGCUCUAGCCAAAGGGGGAGUUGUCAGCUAAAAGCAGGCAUGGGAGGAAAACAUUUGGGAGGAAAGUGAAAUCAAGGUAGUAACUAAAGGAAUAUAGUUGGAAGCUAGCUGCCUCUUUCUGCACCAGCAAUGAGGAUGGAAAGAAAGAAUCCUUGGCAGAUGACCAUCCAACCUCUGCUUAAAAACCACUAAAGAAGGUGAAUCUGCCACCUUCCAAGGGAGUCCAUUCCACUGUUGAACAGCUGUUGCAGUCAGAAAGUUCUUCCUAAUGUUUAGCUGGAAUCACCUUUCUUGUAAUUUGAAUCUACUGGUUUGGGUCCUAGCCUCUGGAACAGCAGAAAACAAACCUGCUCCAUGUGGCAGCGCUUCAGGUAUUUGAAGAUGGCUAUCGUAUCCCUUCUCAGUCUUCUCUUCUCCAGGCUAAGCAUACCUAACUCCUCAUAUGGCUUGGUUUUCAGACCUUCGUCACUUGGUUCUCUUCCUCUGCACAGGUUCCUGCUUGUCAAUAGCUUUCUUAAAUUGUGGUGCCCAGAACUGGACACAGGACUCCAGGUUCAGUCUGAGGAAGGCAGAAUAGAGCAGUACUAUUGCUUCCUUGAUCUGGACACAAUACUUUUUUUGCUGCGGGACGCGGGUGGUGCUGUGGGUUAAACAACAGAGACUAUGACUUGCCAAUCAGAAGGUCGGUGGUUCAAAUCCCUGCGACGGGGUGAACUUCUGUUGCUGGGUCCCUGCUCUUGCCAACCUAGCAGUUCGAAAGCACGUCAAAGUGCAAAUAGAUAAAUAGGUACCACUCCGGCAGGAAGGUAAACGGCGUUUCCGUGCACUGCUCUGGUUCGCCAGAAGCGGCUUAGUCAUGCUGGCCACAUGACCCAGAAGCUGUACGCCGGCUCCCUCGGCCAAUAAGCAAGAUGAGCGCCGCAACCUCAGAGUUGGCCAUGACUGGACCUAAUGGUCAGGGGUCCCUUUACCUUUACCUAUAAUUGCAUUAGCUGUUGGCGGGGGCUGUUGCAUCACACUGUUGAUUCAUGUUAAGAAUGUGUUCUACUAAGACCCCUAGAUCCAUUUUAACGUGCUGAGUUUUGUAAGUGCUGCAAAAACAAUGUUGGCAUGUUGUUCUUAAUAGAUUUCCCAAAGUGCGCUCUCUCUCUCUCUCUGUGUGUGUGUGUGUGUCAGUGCUGCUCCAGGACUAGCUUCUAGCAGUUGUAGACUUCUGAUCUGAUGUAACUUUUGGCUGCAAUUUUAAUUGAGAACUGAUGAAAUAGGUCUUGCAGAUUUUUGAAGCAAUGCAAACCUGUGUAUAGCUCACAAAUAGCUCAGUCCCAAGGAAUUCUGACUCUCACUUGUUUUAACAAUAGCAGCAACAAAAUGCCAGGUCUAGUAUUUGAAACAAGCUCCUGAGCUCAGAAUCCCGUAACUGUGAGUAUACAUGCUGCCUUCAGUGUUAGCCCUACUCAGAGUAGACCCAGUGAAGUUCAAAAACAUGAAUAGCUUCAUGUCCAUUAAUUUCACUGGGUCUGCUCCAAUUAGGACUCAAAGCUAUGACUUUUGCUCUUUACUCCCGUUGGUCAACGUAAGAGUCCUGGUAAAAAAAUGAAGUAGCUUCUGCAAGCCUGAAGUUUGCCCAGCUUUGACCUCUUUGCAAAGUUAGGAUUUGAUCUAUAAAUUACUUAAUCUAGCAGACCAUGGAGUCUCAUUCCUAAGCAAUACUUGCCUUGCCCCAUUCCUGUAACUUUGGAAUUCUAAUGUCUCAUUUAAGCAGAAUAUCCUUGAUUUGGACGCCAGGAAGAAAGUCAUUGGUAGGCUAAAGUAGUGGCUGUGGGCUUCUCAGACUCCUAACCUGAAUGUGGUCCUUUUCAGGGGAAACGGGCAUUGGCAAAUCGACGCUCAUGGACACCCUGUUCAACACAAAGUUUGAAAGUGACCCAGCCACUCACAACGAGCCUGGCGUGCGGUUGAAAGCAAGGAGUUACGAACUUCAGGAGAGCAACGUCCGCCUGAAGCUGACGAUCGUUGACACGGUGGGAUUUGGAGACCAGAUCAACAAAGAUGACAGGUAGCAUCAAGGCUGCUCCAGACUAUUCUUUGAAGGGCCAAGCGCUUUGCAGAGUAGAGGGAAAUCACACGUGUAAGCUUUCCUCAUGCUGGAAGGUUUUGGUGGAAAGUUUACAUGUUCCAUUUGCCUCUUGAUCUGCAGGGUGAAAUGUGGUAUGCUUUUCAAACAUGCGAUUUCUCCCCAAGUGCCUUUUGAGGUGGGAAAAGCCCUCUGUGAGAAAGAUAUGAUGACACAGACAACUUUUGACUUAUCCAUUUGGGGCAGCGGCAGACUCAGAUUUAAGUGGAACAAUGGAUGUGAUGUGUCUUACCUUUGCACAUUAGUCUUUGAAACUCCCUCCGUAGAGAAGCUGGACUAGCAGGUGAAGCCCUUGUCGUCCAAGCAGGCUUUUGGCCAUUGAUUGCUUUUUACUUAAAAGGGUUGGUGCUGUGUUUUCAUUGUAACUGUUGGUAUGUUUUAAAACACAUCCUAUAUAUGUAUAUAAUUUCGAUUCUAUCCAUUUUGGGUUUUUUGACUAUUGGUUUUUCUAUGUUUCCAGCUGUUCUUAUCUGUAAGCCAAAGAGUCGUGUCAGGGAAAAUGGUGUGCUAUCAGUAAAUAUAUAGCAAUAUCAGUGCCCCAUUCACACUAUACAUUUAAAAGACAGGCAUGACUUUCCCCAGAGAAUUAUGGGAUGUGUAGUUUAUUAAGACCACUCCGGCGGGAAGGUAAACGGUGUUUCCGUGCGCUGCUCUGGUUCGCCAGAAGUGGCUUAGUCAUGCUGGCCACAUGACCCGGAAGCUGUACACCGGCUCCCUCGGCCAAUAAAGCGAGAUGAGCACCGCAACCCCAGAGUCUGCCACGACUGGACCUAAUGGUCAGGGGUCCCUUUACCUUUACUAGUUUAUGAAGGGUGCCAAGACUUAUUAGCAGACCCCUCUUCACCCACUACAACUCCCAGAGCAGUUUAACCAGUGCUAUUUUUCUAGAAAAAGAGGGGCCGGAACUCACCACGAAUUCCUCCCUUGUUCUCUUAUAACGGCAAUGGUGUCUACCUGAGAGGUGCUGGAACUAAGUUCUAGCUAGGAAAAAAAGCCCUGAGUUUAGAAAUCAACUCUUCUUCCCAGGGAACUCUGGGAAUUGUAGUUCUCUGAGGGAGAAUAAGGGUCCCCUAACAACUCUCUUGCAUUUUUAGCAAACCACAGUUCCCAGGAUUCUUUGGGAGGAAGCCAUGUCUGCUUAAAGUGGUAUGAUACUGCUUUAAAUGUGCAGAUGGGGCCUUAGGUUUUAAACCUUGCUGGGAAUCUCAGCCCUCCUUGCUGAACUCUCCUCUCCCUUCAUCAAGCCUGGAUGUGUGUAGUGUGUGUGUGUGUGUGUGUGUGUGUGUGUGUGUGUGUACAGACGCACUGAAACAGCUCUUAUUUUUUGAAGUGGCACAUAUGUGCACAAACCAAGGGGGAAAGGACUUCUAAAAUGAAAAGCCCGCCCCCGCUCCCAGGAGCAGGUGUUCCAUAUGGAAAUGUGUUGCCACUUUGUCUCCUGAACCGCUUUGCAUCUGAUUUAAUUCAGCAAGAGCCAGAAGCAUUGUCGCCCCUCAUCUGUCAAGACCUCCUUUGUUCAAGGGUGUACAGCAGGGCUCACGCUAUGACCUGCGACGUGAAUGGGAGAGCCGUUACCUCCUCUGCGCCUUGUCACAAUCGGGCGCUUGUCCCAAACGAUCGCAAGCUAAGCAUCGCGGCUGCAAUUAGUCUCCUGCCCUGGCCUGGCUCGUUUUAGUGAUUUACAAGGGGGUUCUUCUCUCUAAGCCCAGAGCAGGAAGAGCUCCAAGACGUCAACGCUGAUUGCUUACAAUGCGCACUGUUUACGGAGGCCACUUGUGGAGCAUAUGCGUUGUCUCCGGUUUCUGAAGAAGGCAGGUCUGGGAGGAAAAGAUCAGGAUCACAAGAUGCAUCUCGUUUCAAGACUUUCCUUUGUCUUUUCCAGUUUUAUGCAUGCUGGUGGGUCUUCUGUGGCCAUGCAGCUUGAUUACCCAGGGCUGCGUUCGGUACCCGUGUUUGUCACAAGGUCAGCCAUCGAUGGGUUUCUCUUUCAAGCAGCACAAGACAUUCUCACCAGCUUUGUCAGGGCUAGCAAUAUUUUAGAGCGGAGCUUUCCAAACUGGUGACACGCUUUUUAGACAUGCAUCAUUUUGUGAAACAGUCAUUCAGUUUUACUAGCAAAUUGGACCUUUAAAGCCCUAAACAGCCUCGGCCCAGUAUACCCCACCCAUCGUUCAGCCUAUACACUGAGGUCCAGCUCUGAGGGCCUUCUGGCAGUUCCCUCCCUGUGAGAAGUGAGGUUACAGGGAACCAAGCAGAGGGCCUUCUAGGUAGUGGCGUCCGCCCUGUGGAACACCCUCCCACCAGAUGUCAAGGAAAUAAACAACUAUCUGAGGCUGCAUGUUUGAUAUGGAUCAGGGACUGGAUAAAACUGGAAAAGGAAGAAGCACUGGACUUAGAAGGCCACGAUAAUAGAUUUGGAUGGCAUGCAUAUUUAUGGUAUGGGAAAGGAAAAGUGUUCGAUAUUAUUAUUAUUAUUAUUAUUAUUAUUAUUAUUAUUCUGUUGGGAGCUGCCCAGAGUGGCUGGGGAAACCCAGCCAGAUGGGUGGGGUAUAAAUAAAUAAUUUAGGGCGAUCUGGCUGCGACAUCUGUCACCCCAUUGAUCGCCAGGGUUGAUUCGGCUGAUCUGGCUGGCUAGGCGAGUGUCCCCUUCCUCCCUCACCACUCCAUGUGCGUCCCUCCCGAAGCUGCGUGCUCAGUGGAAGAGGACGACCAUCCCAGAUAGAAGGAGUGUACCGUUCUUCAGUCAAGGGUAUACGAUAGCUGCGCUCCCCUGCUAGAACCUCCAAACAAGGUCCAUUUGUAGGAAAACAUAGGGUAGUCAAGUUUCCAAUUUUUUUUUAAAAAAAACUAACUCCUUUCCAGCCCCCGGGAGGAGCUCGGGAAGCAUUUGCAUGACACACCUACACACUGCAGCCAACAUACUUAAUGGGUCGUGACACACAGUUUGGAAAGCUCUGUUUUAGAGGAUUUGUAUCUCAGUUGGAGAGGGCUUGAAAUGUAAGGUGCUGAGGGGAACCUAUGCAUAACAAGCUUUCUUAACCUGCAUAGAGCAUAAUGCAGCGCUACUGACCUCCUAAUUAUAUGUCAACGUUUUCCCUUUUUUAAGGGAAAUUCCCUUAUUCCGAAUAGGAUUCCUUGCAAGAAAAGGGAAAAAUUGACAGCUACACUCCUAAUAUGUGACCAAUACAGUAUAUGGAACCUGUGAAGAGAGGCAAAAUAAUCAGACUAAACACUGACUUUUGUUUUGUCUUUUGUUCAUUUUUACAAUUCUGGGGAUCUCUCUCCUGGUGUUUGUUAUUUAUGAUGCGUAGCCGUACCUUCUACGAAAUCAAUAUAUACAUUUUAAAAACAUAAUCAAGUAAACGAGCAAGGGGAUUUUCAGUUGCAUAGUAGUCACAAGUGAAAUGGGCGCGCCACUCCCAUAGGUGGUGAGCCUCGCCAAAUCAUUUCUUGAAACAAUUCGUUUCAGUGUUUGCAUGUUACCUGAAACCCGGAAUAUGUUGUUUGAAUGGCUAUGUCUCUUAUUAUCUCCUUUUAAAAACCAGUUUAGCAGGCAGUUUAGCUAUUUCCACACAGGGAGCCCAAGAAUGCUUAAGUUCGUUUUAAACUAGUUUUGGGAACGCAUGUUGUAGCUGAACUUUAAAAGCCUUCAGUUUGCUGACUGCGCUUUAUCUGGCAGCAAAGCUAUUUUAAUGACUUCAUCUAAACUUUCCUAAAUAGGAAAUAAGCUUUAGCAAGGAAUUCUUGGAAUGUGCGGCUUGUGGGGAAGAAUUUCAAGGAUGCCUGCUUUUUAACCCGUUCUGAAAGUGAGGCAUCUUGGCUUCCAUAAAGGCGGGUGAGAUACCACAGCUGCCACAGCACAUGUAAGGAGAGAAGGGUAUAGCGCAGUCCCUGGCACCAUUGCCAUGGUUGCAUAUUGAGGCCUCCAUUCACCCACACGGUUUCUUAUCCUCACAACCAUCCUGUGAGGUUGGUUAGGCUGAAAACGCAGCGGCUGGCCCAGAGGUCACAGCGGCUGGCUUCAAGUGUCACGCAGCUCACCCCACUCCUAAUCUGUGAGUAACCUCAGGCCCAAAUGUGACCCUCCAGGACUCUGUAUCCCGCCUUCAAGACUCGUCUCAGUCCAAAACCCUCCCCAGGCCUGCACUGUACCCUGCCUGGGUUUUUCUGCCUGGUUUAAUUGCGUCCUUCAACUCCCAAAGAUGCUCCUUGCUUCCUGGGAUGCAGGACACAGUGUGUGCGCAUAAAACAGGGGUCGGCAAAGUUUUUGCAGCUUGGGCCGAUUCACGGUCCCGCGGACGCCAUGGUGGGCCGAAACGCACACACAUGCACAAAUGCUCCUUCCAGCACUGAGGAGGUGUGCGCAGCUUCCUGUAGCCAAUGGGAGGCCGCCCAGCGUUGCAGAAGGCGGCCCCUGCUCCGCUCCGCGCCGGUUUAGUGUGGCGCACAGGAGGCGACCGAGCGGGAGGCAGGGGUCCAUGGGCCGGUUAAACGACCCCCGUGGGCCGCUUGUGGCCCAUGGGCCUUCGGUUGCUGACCCCUGGCAUAAAACUAGACAGCUGUAUAAAGGGGUGUGGGUGUAUGUAUGUGUAUAUAUAGAUAUAGGUACAGGGGUACCUUGGGUUAAGAACUUAAUUCGUUCCGGAGGUCUGUUCUUAACCUGAGGAACCACUUUAGCUAAUGGGGCCUCCCACUGUCGCCGCGCGAUUUCUGUUCCUAUCCUGAAGCAAAGUUCUUAACCCGAGGUACUAUUUCUGGGUUAGCGGAGUCUGUAACCUGAAGCGUAUGUAACCUGAAGUGUAUGUAACCCGAGGUACCACUGUAUUAAUAGUAAUAAUAAUAAUAAUAAUAAUAAUAAUAAUUAAUUUAUUUAUUUAUACCCCGCCCAUCUGGCUGGGUUUCCCCAGCCACUCUGGGCAGCUUCCAACAAAGCAUUAAAAUACAGUGGUCUGUCAAACAUUAAAAGCUUCCCUAAACAGGGCUGCCUUCAGAUGUCUUCUAAAAGUCUGGUAGUUGUUGUUCUCUUUGACAUCUGGUGGGAGGGCGUUCCACAGGGCGGGCGCCACUACCAACAAGGCCCUGUGCCUGGUUCCCUGUAACUUGGCUUCUCGCAGAGAAGGAACCGCCAGAAGGCCCUCGGCGCUGGACCUCAGUGUCUGGGCAGAAUGAUGGGGGUGGAGACGCUCCUUCAGAUAGAUAGAUAUUCAUUGCUCCACCCAUUUAUGCCUCUGGCCCCACCACGGGCAAAGUCACCCAGAAGGGAAUGUGUCACUUGUUCCGAAAAAGCUCCCCCCCCCCACUUGCUGCAAUGACUGCACCAUGCUGGCUCCCUCUGGAAAGGAUAUCUGAUUGCAGAGCUGGGGAAGAAACCCAGGAGAGUUGCAACGGGCAAACGUAGGCUAUGUUCAAGUCUGAGGUGCUGGUGGUAAGAGCACCGACAAGGAGAGCAAUUGUGCUCGUGGCUACAGGAACUUUGAAGCACCGCCUUUAUGCCAUAGAAACAAAGCAAUACAGUUAUCUCUAGAACAUGUGGGCAAAGGGACAAAGAACUGGAGAGUCGGGGAACAAACCGCAGAGUUUCUGAGACAUCAUGGCUUCAGCAUACCAGUUGCUGCGAUUCACAGGUGGGCAGAGGGUUGUUGUUCAGCUUGCAAGCUUCCCACAGGCAUCUGGUCGGCAGUGUCAGAAACUGAGAUAUGAAGGCUAGGAGCUAAAGGACGCCUUAAACCCAGGUUAUGGGUGCAGCAACGGAAUGUCUAGGCGUGCUUUUCUAUAACAAGAAUGCAAAGCUGAAAACGAAUGGACUCCUGCUAAAAUACUACGUUCAUUUUUCAUAUGGUCUAGUCCUUCCCCUACCCACCCUCCUAAUAUUCUCAAGAGGGUCUCUUCUCCAGUCUUCAGAGAGUAGCUGGAAGUAGGGAGGCAGGAAAAGGUCCCACAGUCGUACCUCGGGUUACAGACGCUUCAGGUUGCGUUUUCUCGGGUUGCAGACUGCCGAAACCUGGAAGUACCGGAACGGGUUACUUCCGGGUUUCAGUGGUCGCACAUGCGCAGAAGCGCUAAUUGCACUUUGCGCAUGCGCAGAUGUGCCAAAUCACAACCCACAUGUGCGCAGAUGCGGGUUACGGAUGCUUCGGGUUGCAAAUGUGCAUCCCGCACAGAUCACGUUCGCAACCCGAGCGUCCACUGUACUUUCCUCCCACUUUGCAGUUUUAAUCUGAAAUAUUAGGCGCAGUAAUCUGAAAUAUUAGGCCCAGAGCUCAGAAACUGCUCAGAAAUUCCCUGUUGCAAAAUGCGCCUUAGAACAAUGGGAGUUUUGAACACUGCUGGUCAGCCACUGUGAGAACUAGAGAACUGAGAACUAGAUGGGAUAUUGGCAAGAUCUAGCAGGCUCACCUUAUAUUUUACCUGUUAUUUGCAGGCCACCUGUCUUCUGUAGGAUAGUGGCUUCCUUUGGCUGCUGUGAUUUCUGCAGCAAGCCUUUGUCCGAAGUAGGAAUCCUGAUGUUGUGUAGAAGUAUUUUCUUUUGUGUGUGAACUACUGUCUGUGCCCAUGGCUCAGUUCUGUGGGAGUGCAGAAGGGGCGUGGAAUGUUAUAUUCAGUGUUAGAAACUCGGGUAUAUAAGCUAGGCUCCAAAUGACACCUUGAAUCUAGAUUGCAAUCGCCACAACAGAAUGUCUGUUUACCUGGGGGUUGGACUAAAUAAUCCUCUGGGUCCCUUGUAACGCUGCAGUUUUAUGAUUCCAUGAUCUCAGCUACAAUGCUUGACUGUAGCUUGCUCUUACAACAGUUCACUUGUCCCAGUGCAGAAAGGAAGAACACACACAGCGGAAAUGGGAAUGGUAUUAGUGAUGGACUAAGGCAGAGGCUUUUAAACUGCAGUCACCAGCCUAGUGCCCAGAAAUCUCCAUGUAGUCCCAACUGGCCCUAUGCCAGUAGCAAAAUGCUCCUGGCGCCUGGCUAAUUUCAAACACAGGUUAUAUUGCGCGCACAAUUCAGUUUUUCUUGAGAAUCUAUUUUCAUGUACUGAAUUGAGCAAGUUCCUAGUCCCUAACGUCUGUAGAUAGAGGCUUGAAAGUGCAUGUAUGGGCAAUGCAUGCCUUAGGAGCCAGAAGUGUGGCUGAGGAACAUCUCCAAUGAUGGUGGUUGGGACCUGAGUGCCAUACCUCCCCAAAGCUCCUUAACCCCUUCUCAUGACCAGCAUAAAUUAUAUUUAAAAAUGCAGGUACAUUAUGAGUUGGGUUCAUUUGCAGUACAGUGGUGCCCCGCAAGACGAAUGCCUUGCAAGACGGAAAAACCGCUAGACGAAAGGGUUUUCCGUUUUGGAGUUGCUUCGCAGGACGAAUUCCCCUAUGGGCUUGCUUCGCAAGACGAAAAUGUCUUGCGAGUCUUGAGAUAUUUUUUUUGCUUUCCCCCCCCUUAUCUAAUCUGCUAAGCCUUUAAUAGCCUUUAAUAGCCUUUUAGCAGCUAAUCCCCUAAGCCUUUAAGCCUUUAAUAGCCGCUAAACCGCUAAUAGCGCUAAUCCGUCAAUGGGCUUGCUUCGCAAGACGAAAAAACCGCUAGACGAAGACUCUCGCGGAACGGAUUAAUUUCGUCUUGCGAGGCACCACUGUACAGUGGUGCCCCGCAAGACGAAUGCCUCGCAAGACGGAAAACCCGCUAGACGAAAGGGUUUUCCGUUUUGGAGGCGCUUCGCAAAACGAAUUUCCCUAUGGGCUUGCUUCGCAAGACGACAGCCCAUAGGGAAAUCUCAGGGACAGCGGGGAAGCGCAGCGCGUCUUCCCCACUGUCCUCGGACCUCCUCCGAAGCCUGGCGGCGGGGCGGGGACACCUCCUCCCGCCGCCGCCGGGCUUCGGAAGGCUCCUCCGACGCCGGGCGGGGGGGCGGGAACACCUGCCGCCGCCGCCCGGCUCGGAACGGUGCUCCGAGCCGGGCGGGGGAGGGAACACCUGCCGCCGCCGCCCGGCUCGAACGGUGCUCCGAGCCGGGCGGGGGAGGGAAGACCUCCCCGCCGCCCGGCUCGGAACGGUGCUCCGAGCCGGGCGGUGGGGAGGGAAGACCUCCCCGCCGCCCGGCUCCGGAACGGCGUGCUCCGAGCCGGGCGGGGGGGAGGGAACACCUGCCGCCGCCGCCCGGGUUCGGAACGGUGCUCCGAAGCCGGGCGGGGGGGGGGGGAAGACCUCCCCCGCCGCCCGGCUCGGGAACGGUGCUCCGAGCCGGGCGGGGGAGGGAACACCUCCCGCCGCCGCCCGGCCCGGAACGGUGCUCCGAGGCCGGGCGGGGGGAGGAACACCUCCGCCGCCGCCCGGCUCCGGAACGGUGCCCGAGCCGGGCGGGGGGAGGGAAGACCUUCUGAAGGCGGGCGGGGGCGAAAGUCUUUGCUCCCCUGCCUGCCUGUCCCGGAGGGCUUUUGAAGGCGGGGGAGCAAGACUUCGCCCGCCCGCCUUCAGAAGAGGUCCAGGACCUCUUCUGAAGGCUGGCGGGGGCAAAGUCUUUGUCCCCCUGCCUGCCUUCCCAGGGGCUUUAAAUUGCCCCGGACAGCGGAGAAGUCCUCCGCUGUCCCGGGGUGAUUUUAAAUGCCGCCCGCCAGCAUUUUAAGAUCGCCCGGACAGCGGAGAAGUCCUCCGCU